UGGACCCACCUAAUUUUCACACCCCAUCUCCUCCAAUUCUCUCCUCCACCAUUCCACCCUCCGCAACCCUAAAUUUCUCCAUUACAACCAAUCUGAAAUGCGGAACAUAAACUUCCAAACAAAUAAAAUUUUACACUAUCCCUCUGAAUACUAAAAUGACAAUGUUGUUUAUUGUACAAGUAUAAUGUUCGAUUCUUGUUGUGUCUUUUUCCCCCUUAUCUAGUUAUCCAUACCCUAAACCUCUUCAACCACAAAAAUAAAAAACGACAAAAAGAAAAGAGAGAGGUUAGAUGAGAUAAUUGAAGAAUAAAGAAGUAGGUGAACAAAAAACAAUUCGACGGAAAAAAUAUCCAUUCAAUUAUCAGACACAACAAUCAAUUUCGACGGAAAAAAUGAAGGCUGCCGGAAAUUUUUAACCCAUCUGAUUCUUCUUACUCUCUCGUCAAAAAAAUGGAGUUUCUUCUUCUGCUCUUCUUUAUCUUCAUAUUCGGACACCAAUGACCUGCCAUUUUCCGAAAAGAAUUUGUAGCUUCAAAGGCGGCGAUUGGUGGCGAUGCGUCAGAAAUGGAGGAGCCGGCGGCUGCUAUGUAAAAUGAGAGAGGAGAUGAUAAAGAAGUUAUAUUUUUUGUUAAUUAUAUGUGUCAAAUUUUUAUGGCAAAAUUACACGUGUUAUUUUUUGAUUGGUCCAUGUGAUAUGUCACUGAGUUGUUCAGCUGGUUGUAUUUAGCCUUAUUAUUACCCUCCUUUAAAUUUUCCUUCAAGUUAAGUCGACACCAAAACUCCAAUCUUAUCUCUCUCUCUCUCUCUCUCUCUAAAUCAAUGGAGUCAUUGGCAGCUUCAUUUUCAGCUUCCACCACCACCAUCCUCAAUUCCUCUUCCAAACUCCACCACCACCCACCUCGACGUUUCCGCGUCCUCUCCCUCUCCCUCCCCAUCUUCCACAAAUUCAAAACUUGCCCCAAAUUUUCCUCAAAAUCUCCAAAUCAUCUCAAUCUUCUAAUUGUCCGAAGCUCCAGUUCCAGUUCCAUCACCGCUAAGCCGUCCUCGGAAUUUCAGAAAAAAGGUGGUAGAGACCGUAAAGAGGAGGAUAACAAGCUUCGUGCUCUUCGUGAGCUCUUUACUAAGCCUGGUGUUAACGUUGACGCUUAUAUUAUUCCUUCUCAAGAUGCCCAUCAGAGUGAGUUCAUUGCUGAAUGUUAUAUGCGAAGAGCCUAUAUAUCAAGAUUUACUGGAAGUGCAGGCACUGCGGUUGUAACCAAGGAUAAAGCAGCCUUGUGGACAGAUGGACGAUACUUCUUACAGGCUGAGAAGCAGUUGAACUCGAGUUGGGUUCUCAUGAGAGCUGGUAACUUGGGGGUGCCUACUCCUAGUGAGUGGCUUAAUACUGUCCUAGCACCUGGUUGCAGGAUUGGAAUAGAUCCCUUUCUUUUUUCAUCUGAUGCUGCAAAAGAAUUCAAAGAGGACAUUUCUAAAGGAAACCAUGAGUUGGUCUUGCUGUAUGAUUUCAACCUUGUAGAUGAAAUAUGGAAGGAGUCGAGGCCAACACCUCCAAAGGAACCAAUUAGGUUGCAUGGCCCGAAAUAUGCUGGUGUAGAUGUGUCGUCUAAGCUUUUGUCAUUGAGAUCUGAGUUAAGACAUGCUGGUGCAUCGGCAAUUGUUAUCUCCAUGCUUGACGAAAUUGCAUGGCUAUUGAACUUGAGAGGUAAUGAUGUCCCACAUUCACCAGUCAUGUAUGCAUACUUAGUUGUGGAGAUAGAUGGAGCAAAAUUGUUCGUUGAUGAUACUAAAGUAACACCUGAAGUUAUGGAGCAUUUGACAAAUGCUGGCAUAGAAUUGAGAGCAUAUGAAUCCAUUCUCUCUGAAAUUGAAAGUUUGGCAGCAAAAGGCGCAAACCUUUGGUUGGACACUUCAUCAGUCAAUGCUGCUAUUGUAAAUGCAUAUGAAUCAGCUUGUUACAAAUAUCCUUGGAAUUCUGCAACUAAAAGCAGGAGGAAGAAGACUGCCAACCUCGAUUCCAAUGGUCAAUCUGGAGGACCAUGUGCAGUGUAUAGGAGUUCUCCUGUAUCUCUGCGUAAAGCUGUAAAAAAUGAUGCUGAGUUAGAAGGGAUGCGUAACUGCCAUCUAAG